AUGAGUAAAAGCGUUCACAUGCAUUCGCCGAAAGAAGUAGUCGAUGAACAAACAACAACAAAUCAAAUCAAACGCACUGUUUCCGAUUCCGAUGAAAUGAAAGUUCAACCAAAGAAAAAGAUGAUGAGUCAUAUUUCUGUCGAUGAACAAGUUCUAUCAUUUUGUAGUGCAUCUACUUACAUGAAAAAGAUAAUUAAUGUCGAAGAAGUCACGAAUAAACAAACAAUUCCUAUACCAUAUAUAACUGAUGAAGAGCUUCUUCAAAUGACAAAAGAAUUUGAAAAUACACAUAAAGAUUGA